AUGAAGAAUGCAGAAAGGUGGAAGUAUGUCAUUCAGAUAAUGGUAGCCCUAGAAAGGGAAUUGGGAAAAGAUACCCUUAAGUGUAAGGAGGUCAUGGAACUGAUAGAAGUUGUAGGGAUGAUGAAGAUUGUCACACACUUUGGACCUUGCUAUGAAAACUUAGUAAAGGAGUUUGUGGUGACUAUCCCUGGUGGAUGUGAUGAUAAGAAGAAUGUUGGCUAUGGUAAAGUAUAUGUGAGAGGAAAUGUUCUAACAUUCUCCCCAGUUAUGAUCAACAAGUUCCUAGGAAUACCAAAUGAACCUCGGGCUAAACUGGAAGUCACUGAUGAUCAGGUGUGCAAAGAGAUCACGACCAAGCAGGUUAGACAUUGGCCAAACAAAAGGAAGUUGUCUGUUGGUAAUUUGAGUGUAAAAUAUGCCAUCCUGCAUAGGAUUGGUACUUCCAAUUGGGUGCCCACUAAUCAUACCUCAACAAUCUCUAUUGGUCUAGGAAAAUUCAUUUAUGUUGUUGGUAAAAAAAGAGCAUUCGACUUUGGAAAAUACAUCUUUGAACAAGUGUUGAAACAAGCCUUCUCUACUGCUGUAAAAAUGCCCAUUUGCUUUCCAUCCCUCGUCUAUGGAAUCAUCCUAAAUCAACACCCUAGUAUUUUGUUGCCCAUGGACAGUGUAAAGAAAAUGGAGUCUCCCUUAUCACUCCACUACAAACUCUUUGCAGGAACUCAUGUCCCAGACAUUUCUAUGACAUCCUCUCAGGCUUCUGGCCCUGCCAUAUCCAAGAAGAGUGACAUUGCUCAACUAAGGGAAACAUGUAAAGAGAUGAAGGACUCCAUCAGAUUUAGCACAACAACAAAGAUUAAACUGGAGACGUCGAUGAAGGUUAUGAUAGAAUAG